UAAAUUUAGGGUGAGUUAGCCUUCUUGUAAGAAGAAUUUGUAAUGUACAUUGUAGAUCUAUUUAAUUGUAAUUAUUUUAAUAGAUUAUUUCAAUAGCUGUGUACAUUGUGAGUUUCGUGCGGGUGUUUUUUAUGAGUACUUUUGUGAUGUGAACUUUCUAAUUUGGAUGAUAACUGUGAAUUCACAAACCUAAGUACAAUGUGAUUUACUUAUUGGAUUGGACUAUAUACUGCCACAAUGAGUUCGUCGUUGGCAGAGUUUGAGGAGAUCCAGAGAGCGGCCAAAGAAAGAGCUGAUAUUGUUGCCAAAUAUGAUCUGGGGCGUGAGGAAGGAGCUCAGAUUGACCCCUGGGAGGACCCUGCUUUUGAAGUGUACCAUGUGACAGACAGAUAUGGCUUCAUUCAUGACAGGGCCUUGCCUACACAUAUGGACGCUGCAGAGGAGAAGGCUAAACUAGUCGAGAGAGAGAGAACGACCAAAUGGCUCAAAAUGUUAAGCAAGUGGGAUAAAUACUUCCCAGGGGAAAAGCUAACUCGACGUGUGUACAAAGGAAUACCAGACUGUGUGCGAGGAGAGGUCUGGUCAAAGUUGCUUAACAUUCCCAGAGUCAAAGCUGAGCAGGAAGGCAUUUACAUGAAAAUGCGUGAAAGAGCUCGAACAAAGUCAACAUCCAUCCGCCAGAUUGACCUAGAUGUGAACAGAACGUACAGGAAUCACAUAAUGUUCAGAGAGAGAUAUGGAGUAAAACAGCAAGCAUUGUUUCAUGUCCUGGCAGCCUACUCUGUCUACAACACUGAGAUUGGUUACUGUCAAGGGAUGAGCGAGAUAGCAGCACUGUUACUGAUGUACAUGAACGAAGAGGAUGCAUUUUGGGGACUGUCCCAACUGUUUGUUAGUCCAAGGCACAUGAUGCAUGGUUUCUUCAUGCAUGGCUUCCCAAAGCUGCUUCGGUUCCAGGAACAUCAUGAUAACGUUUUAAAGAAGUUUGUUCCGAAAAUCAGGAAACAUAUGGAAAAAAAUGAGAUGUACCCAGCUCUCUACACCAUCAAGUGGUUCCUGCAAUGCUUUCUAGACAGGACCCCAUUUCAUCUGACAUUACGUCUGUGGGACGUUCACAUGUUAGAAGGUGACCAGUUGCUAGUGGCUAUGGCCUACUGUAUCAUCAAAAUGCAUCGGCGUCGUAUCAUGAAAAUGCAGAUGGAUGACCUGCUGACAUUCUUCCAGAGCAACCUGGAAAAAGAUUUCUCCUACGACAAUGACACUGUGAUAGAGCAGCUCCAGAUCUGCAUGGAGGAGCUGAAGAAGGCCAGGAUGUCCCUGCCGCCCAAGCCCAAGGCCAACGAAGCCCCGACCCUCCCGUUUGGCUUGGAGAUCCAGCCCAGCGUGGAGCAGCUGAUUGGGAGGAGGUCGGAGGAGACUGUAGACGAGCACUUCCGGAAGAAUGUGCCCAGGCAGAGCGGGGGCAAGGCGGCUUACUUGCGGAGGAAAAACACCGGAGGGAGUCUGUCAGGGGGGAACAACUUGCUGAGCACGCCAGAAAUGUCCAGAAGUCACAUGGAUACCAGAUCAUUGCAGUCUCGGAUGUCGCAGUACUCUAUAGACGACAAAUCGUCUUAUUAUGACACCGCCACAAACUCUAGGCUGUCCCUGGUGGAUUACAGCGCCAAGACCUCUGCUCCUAGUUCUCGCACGUCUUUCGGAGAGAACUCGGAGAUGGGGAGUAUGUCUGCGUUGGGUCAUGGUUUCACUACACCAAUAGACUUGGAUGAUGUUGGAGUGGACAUGGCAACGCCCACCACUCCAACCAAUCCCCCCCUUCCUGGGGCCCAGUAUGUGGUAACAAACAGUCCGCCACCCGUUAUGUCCCAGUCCUAUGAACAGCCGAGAUCGACGGCAUCUCAUGACCACCAGGGUACAUUGAAAUCUUCAGCCUCCUUGGAAAUUUCCCCUCGCCGAGUGGUCACAACGUUUGACAGUUCCCCUGGUGUUGUGACCUCUCGGGAACACGCAGUUCGACCCUCCCAUAAGCAUAGACCAGGGAAGUCUAUUCCAACUUCUUCCUCAUCAUACGACAAUAAUUUUAAAAUUGCACCAGCUGUAAGCCACCAUCAGAUGAAAAGUUCAAGGUCGUAUGAAGCCAACCACACGUCGGGAAGUACAACCCCGAAGCACUCGUCCUCUUAUGAACAACACGUCAACCGAACAAACGAGUUUCAGCCCCAGCAGACUGCUGUAACAACGGCGGGAACUAGCAAUGAACAAAAAAUAAGUGCGAUGGAAGAUAGCGACUCCACCAAAUCUCCCGCAGGUUCAACAACCUCUGACUAUGAUAACAUAAACGGCAUGUAUGAGGUAGAGGCGGAGGAACCAAACAACAGGUAUGGUUCUCGUGGGGACAACAUCACCAUCAUACCAAUCAGCAAGUCGGACGGCUUUGUGACUAGCACUGGAGCUGCGGAAAUGGUCAUACUGAAUGGCAUUGACGGAAGGGUCACCUCCCAAAUGAAAAUGACCAAAACUGAUCAUGAUAUUCAGCGUGCACACCAACGAGACCGCAGAGAUCAGAGAAACGUAGACUAUCAAAAUGGCUACCAGGUGGAGAGGCAGAUGAGUUAUCAGGUUUCUCAGGCAACGUCCUCACAAACCAAGUCAGUGUACACAAAGACUAUAGAAAAAACGGCUUACUUGUAGUUUUAGUUGGCACCUCUAGGCAGGCAACAAGUUGUUUUGAAUGUAUGCAGAGUUAGAGAGCUAAGUUUGUUUUGAAUGUAUAUUUCUACGAUUUUCAAAACUAUUUGGCUUACAAAUGAUUGGGAAUGGAUACUUAACCUGUCUCCAAAUCCAAGGGCGUGUUGGUCAAUGUUAACACUAGGCUGUGGCAAACUCUGUGUUGUGUUAUUUAUUUGUUUAGAUUAGGAACAGGUGUUCUGUUUGCUGUUUGAAACCCACAUUUGAUAACUGUAAAAAAAAAAAAAAAAAAAACAACUGAUGCUGUGGAAA